AUGGUCGAUAAAACAAUACUCAUUGCAAUGCUCGCUCAUCAAACCUUCUCUUUGGCUGCCAUUACAACUUUUAUUCUUAUCGCUGUUAUACAAUGCGUCAAAAAAAAAGUUAACAACGCAGCAAUUCCUAGUGGACAGCCACAAGCAGUACCAGGAAUUUUACCGCCAAUGGAUGAACAGAAGACUCAAUCUGUAAUCGAAGAAGGCGAGGACGAAAAAAAGAAAGAAGGAGAAGAGAAGAAAGAAUCUGCAAAGGAAACUGAAGAAAAAAGAAAAUCGAAGAAAGAGAAUUCGAAAAAAGAAAGCUGGAAGAAAGAGGUUUCAAAGAAGGAGUCCAAAAAAGAAGCAAGGAAUACAGCGAUGACCCAACAAAGUGACCACAAAAUUUUAAAUGAGAUGAAAGUGAUGGUAACACAAGAAGUGCCAGUAAAUGAGGAAAAAGAGGAAGGGAAAAAAGAUGAAGUGAAGAAAGAGGGUUUUGGAAAAGAAAAGAGGGAAGAAAAAAAAGAGGAAGAUGAGAAAAAAGAGGAAAAGGAGAAAGAAGACAGAAAGGACGAAGAGAAGGAGGAAAAGAAGGAAGAAGAAGAUAAAAAGGAAGUUAAGUCGGAUAAAAAAGAGAGUGACACGGAAAAGAAAGAAGAGGGAGGUGAGGGUGAAAGUGAAACGAAGAAGUGA